AUGACGUACCUUUCUCUCCUCGCUAUGGCUGCAGCUAUUCCUGCCCUUCUGGCCUUCCCAACCGAAAGCAACCCUCUUGAAGUUCGCGAAGACCCAACACCCACACUCGGUGAUUACACAGGUCAGAAGAGUCAGUAUGAGGACGGAUCUGGCACCUACGUUAGAUCAGACGACUCGUAUACCUAUCGUCCAUCUGGAGACUACUGUUGGACAGACACUUUCUUUGUAACCAAAGAAGAUGUAGCCCAAGCCUGGACCAAAGCCGACACAGAGGUCGACUGCGCAACUACCCAGUCGUGCUCUACUUCAAGCAUCAACUCAACCAAUGCAUGCAUAACCUGGACGUUCGACAACCAUCUCGAUGUCUCAAUGACCUGGAUAAAAGAUGUCUUAAGCGUAGGAUACAGCGUAGGAUUCUCAUACUCCGACCAGAGGUGUUAUUCAUCCACGAGCAGCAACACCUGCACUUGGGACGACAAAGCUUGCCACGCUACCUGGACUAGCAAUGUUAAUUAUAAAGUCAGCGGUUAUAUCCGUCGCCGAUGCAAUUAUGUUACGGGCGCGAAAGAGCAAACUAUUUGGAGUCACGACUAUACGACUAUAGUACCAGCACUGAAGACAAGGCUCGGAUGUGGAGCGUCCUGUUCGGAUACCUCGUAUCCAGCCGAAAUCCCUCCUGUUUAA